GGCAACCUCAUCAGAAAAAUGGACAUAAAGAUCUUCCCAUAACCAAGCAGCACAUACACUUGUUGGUCAAGACUAUCACAUAUACAACCCAUUAUUCAACGAACAGGACACAAUUAUCCAAAAUAUCAUAAUUCAUAAAUAGCUGCUCAUAUGGCAUAUCCCAGUCUCAAAAUUCCGCGGGCAAUGAUGGCGCCGAAGUGUAAAAUUGUUCCAGGAACAGGACAAAAAUUAUCCAAAUUGUUAUGAGUCAAACUACAACUAUAUAGAGAUAAGCGUAGCUGCUCAAUAUGGCAUAUUGCAGUCCCAAAACUCUUCAGAAGGAUAAAGGGCCCAAAGUUGGUUAGAACCACAUCAUCUUCUACUCAUCCAUGCCCUCGAAUUCGAAUCUACGGCAUCUCGUCUUGUUUCCCGCAGUAUGCUCGAUACUUAAAAGCCUCUGCAUUUCGGCAGGAGGAUGGUAUCCAUAGCGCUGCAAAUAAAGAGCAAUAGCCAGGGUUACUUAAUAAACUUUCAACAUAUACAAUGACCACAAUACAGCAAAAAAUGCCAUUUACUCUGCUCUCAAGACAAGACAGUAAAAAUGCAAUUUACUCUGCCCUCGAGACAAUACAGUAAAAAUGCAAUUUACUCUGCUCUCAAGAGGACAAACAAUAUGCGGUUAUACAAAAAAAGGCAUAAUAGUUACAGUAUCUCUAACAACAAGUUGUUUUCUGAAGAAAGCACAAGAUGAAGAAACUCUUCGUCCAGAGAUCCAAUCGGUGACAGAACUUCCCAGGAGGAAUUCAAUGGCUGUCUGUCAUUCAUCUGUCCAAACAAGUUAGUAACUGAGAGUGGGUAUGCAACAAGGCACUGGAUGAACGCCUAUCGUAGCACCUCAAAUAUUGAGUUGUUUUCUGAAGAUUCAAGACGAUAAACUUCAUUUCAGAGAUAAACUUCGUUUGGAUUCUUUGUGUAAGUCUAGUCAAGGGCACAUGGAACAUUUGAAACAUCUGCAAGCAAACAAAUGGGAGAAAUUCAGAAACCUCAACCACCCUUCUCCCUUUGAAGGAGCGAUUUCAUGCUGGGAUAGCUUCAAUCUGUAGCUUCUUCUCAUGCAUUUCAUCAAACACUUGACAAACGCACCAAUUGCCUUACCUUUGUCCAUAUCCACGAGGAAUCCCACGAAUAGGAAGUAGGCUAUGAUGAUGCUGAUCUCGUCGCGUGCUUGGCUUUGUGAAGGUUGGAGGCUCCAUCCGUGGAGCGGUGAGCUGCAGCGGCCGAGGAAGAUCAGCGAUCAGCGCAGGAGGAAAGCGAGAACCCCGGCCGGCAUCUCGCCGCCGCCCUUCUUCUGGUCCUCUCCGGGGUUCUUCCAGCCGCGAAUCGUGCGCCGGCGCGGUAGCAGAGGUCGGCGGCCACAGGGGUCGCGAUGCCGAGGUAAGAAUGGCACGCGGCGGCGGGAUGCAGGCACAGGCGCGCCACCGCGGGAGACGCCCUGGAGAUGUUCGAGGCCUGGGGCCCAGGCCACCGACGAAGAGGAGGAGAGACCGGAUACGGUGCGUCGCUGGUGGCUCCGGCGGUUGGACCACGGGCGGCGGCGGCGGUGGUCACGAGUCGAACUCGGAUUGCGUGGUUUCUACGCGGCGGGGCAUCGGGGUUCGAUCUAUAUCAGCCGGGUUGCCGGGAUAGAUCGCACUUUUCCUUCUCCUCGAUCGAUCACGCGCGACGUUCUUCUGGCGACCUAACAGUCCGGGGAGCUUCUCUCGCCGACGGCGAGCAAACAAUCCGGCGAGUUUCCUCUUUCUUCUCCGAUCAUCAUUUUUGAAUUUCAGCAUCGCAAUUGUUCUGUUUACUUGUUUCGCUUGUGCAAUCACUUGGUCUUUGUGUUCUUUGCUGUGUUCUUUGUUUUGCAGAGAUGGCUAGCCAUGUCGCUGCGACUCUCCCGCCGCUGUUGCCUACCCCGACGCGCUGCCUCCUCCUGACGCCUCCUCCGGCGGUGUACACGGCUCGUGUGGAGCUAGACACCAAGAAGCAGCAGCCUGGACGUGCCUCGAUGAGCAGAAGCUGGAUCAAGGACAAGGCCGACCUUCCUGGGCGUGCUUCCCGGAGCUCCAGCUGGGCCACUGACAAGACGCUCCGUCGUGCCGGAACUUUGAACGGCGGCAUCGAGCGCCUCGGCCGCGGGGAUACGUCGAGGGAAAACUGGAAGAGGCCGGCCAGCCGCGCGCCAUCCGUAGACCGGUUCGAGAAGAAGCCGAGGCCUCCGACUGAGAUGGUGGCAGCCUCGGAGGCAUCACUCCUCGCCGGCCCCGCGCCGUCGGUCGGCCUGUCGGAGAAGAAGGCAAAGCCUACGACUGAGAUGGUGGCAAACUCGAUGGUUGCAUCCUUCGCUGGCCCUGCUCCGUCGAUCGACCGGUCGGAGAAGAAAGCAAAGCCUGCGACUGAGGCAAACUCGGAGGCGGGGACACUCUUCGUUGGCCCUGUGGUGUCGGUCGACUGGUCGGAGAAGAAGGUGACGCCUCCGACCGUGAUGGAGGCAUCGCCCUUUGGUGGCCUCGCUCCGUCGAUCAACCGGUCCGAGAAGAAGGCGACGUCUCUAACCAAGAUGGAGGAGUACUCGGAGGCAUCCUUCUUCGCUGGCCCGACAUUCAUGGUGUCGCCAGACCCGAGCGAGCUGCCCAUGCCGACCUUCAUCAUGUCGCCGGACCCGAGCGAGCUGCCCUUGCCAACCUUCCUCUAUAAGUACAAGGUGGCUAAAGUGUUAGCUAGACUAGUCGCUCCGAUGCUCAUUGAUUAGCAAGGAGAUUGAAGCUGUUUUCAGUAUGUAGCUAGGUGGAGUAUGCUGAUCAGCAAGAUUGAAGCUGUUUUCAGUAUGUAGCUAGGUGGACAUGAUUAAUACAAAAACAGCUCCACCAUUUGUUCU